AUGUCCAAUCCCGAGCAAAAGUGCUCAGGGGCCGAUUGUGACAAUGACGCUGGGACUUUGCAAUGCCCAACGUGCCUGAAGCUGGGCGUGAAAAGCAGUUAUUUCUGCAAUCAAGACUGUUUCAAGAGGAAUUGGGCCACCCACAAGGCUAUGCACAAGACACAAAAUGCUAGUGGACUUUACAACCCUUUCCCGGCAUACCCAUACACUGGGUCUGUCAGAGCAGUAUACCCGCUCUCCCCGCGACGAACUGUGCCCAAAACAAUCAAGCAUCCCGACUGGGCCAAAGAUGGCAUUCCAAAGCGUGAGAUGCGCUUGAGCAGGUCCAAAUGGGACCUCUUGGAUGCGAAGGGCCAGGAGGCUAUGCGCAAGGUGUGCAGGUUAGCUCGAGAAGUACUCGACAUAACUGCGGCGGCGAUGAAGCCCGGCGUGACCACAGAUUACCUGGAUGAAAUUUGCCACAAAGCUUGCGUUGAGCGAGAGUCAUAUCCUUCGCCACUCAACUACAACCACUUUCCCAAGUCAUUGUGUACAUCUCCGAAUGAAGUUGUAUGCCACGGCAUCCCAGAUCAGCGAAUUCUUCUUGAUGGCGACAUUCUCAACCUGGACAUCUCUCUGUACCACGGCGGGUAUCAUGCUGACUUGAAUGAGACCUACUACGUAGGCGACAAGGCGAAAGCAGAUCCUGACUCGGUCAGACUUAUCGAAACGACGCGGGAGGCCUUGGAUAUGGCUAUUGAGAUAAUCAAACCAGGUACACCGAUUCGCGAGUUUGGCAAAGUAAUUGAGAAGCACGCGGCCUCUAGGGGCCUAGUCGUCGUCAAGACUUGGGGUGGCCACGGUAUUAAUUCGGAAUUCCACCCACCCCCUUGGAUCCCCCACUACGCGAAGAACAAGGCUGUGGGAACAUGUAAACCUGGGAUGACAUUCACGAUUGAACCUAUUUUGACUUUGGGUACCAAUCGAGAAGUCUAUUGGCCAGAUGACUGGACAAACGUUACAGUGGACGGGAAGCGGACAGCACAAUUCGAACAUACCAUGCUUGUCACAGAAACAGGUGUCGAGGUUUUGACUGCGAGACUGGAGAAUUCCCCUGGAGGGCCGAUUCCCAUACCGGAGAUUGCAAACGGAGAUGCAAAGAAAUGA